AUGAACAGUUAUAUUCUUUUAUGCUUAGUAGCACUGGUUGCUGCCAUUCAAACAAUGCCAACAAUAGAAGAUGAUAGUAUCAAUUAUGAUAAUAAUACCAGUAAUUACGAUGAAAACAAGAAUUUUUUAAUCGAUAGUAUUUUACAAGCUGAACAACGUCAUGAAGCAAAAGCAAUGCGUCAUCUUCAUAAUAUAGUUGAUGGAAAAAUCUAUCAUAUUAAAGCAGCCGGUGUUACUUAUCGACAACGUUUACGUGAUGAUCAAUGUGUUGUUGAAUAUGAUGGUAAAUAUUUAACUGAAAAUAGUGUUCUUCAACUUCGAAAAAAACUUUAUCGAGUGGAAAAUUGUCUGUUAGAACGAGUAUUUCAUGCAUGUGGUCCAAAUUUAUUAUUAAUGUUAAAUGUUGUUUGUCGAGUUGUUGAACAACAUCAAACAACAACACCAAUGACACUUAUCGGACGACAAACAAUGACACCACCAAGAUCAUUCAUUCAUCGAAUAUCUCCACGAGCUAAUAAAACACCACGAGUGAUUACUGAAUCAUGUUGUGAAAAUCUUUGUACUAUCUCUGAAUUAACGAGAUAUUGUCAUCGAUAA